CCAGCCAAGUAUUCGAGAUAUCUGAAGUCCUGAUGAUACGCACCGAGCUGUUCAACACGGUGGUCACGAAAUACAACUCAUCAUAUCAAGAUAUUCUCCUCAAAACAAAGCAUUUCCUUCUGCACAGAUAUAUCAUUCAACGAGCUGCCUGUGUUUUUUAUAUUGGCCAGCCAUCCUAAGAUGAACAGACACCUUGUUUCAUUUUGAAGAGCCUGUUCAUCAGAGCCUGCCCACUCCUAUCUUUGUCUCUUCAUAGCUCACUGAGACACCUCUCGUCAGCGAUGUCCAACAACAGCAGUGGCCUGGGUAAUUGGGAUGAAUUGCCGUGGGAGAAUGGUAACCCUUGUCCCCCCUCAGUGGGUGGCGCCACGCUCCUGAUAGUGGCCUACAGCACGGUGAUCGCUGUUGGUUUGGUUGGCAACUCCUGCCUGGUCUUCAUCAUCUCUAGGCAGAAAGAGAUGCGAAACGUCACCAACAUUCUCAUCGCUAACCUCUCCUGCUCGGACAUCCUGAUGUGUGUGGUGUGCCUGCCCGUCACCGUGAUCUACACCCUGAUGGACCGCUGGAUACUCGGGGAGGCCCUGUGCAAGGUCACGCCCUUCGUCCAGUGCAUGUCCGUCACUGUCUCCGUCUUCUCCCUGGUGCUCAUCGCCCUGGAACGCCACCAGCUGAUCAUCCACCCUACGGGCUGGAUGCCGGUGGCGGGCCACUCCUACCUGGCGGUGGCCGUCACCUGGAUGGUGGCCUGCUUCAUCUCGCUGCCCUUCCUCUCCUUCAACAUCCUCACCGACGCGCCCUUCCGGAACCUGAGCAUCCCCUUCAACCCGUUCAGCGACCACCUCAUCUGCAUGGAGCUGUGGCCGUCCGAGCGCAACCGGCUGGCCUACACCACCUCGCUGCUGCUCUUCCAGUACUGCCUGCCCCUGCUGCUCAUCCUGCUCUGCUACCUGCGCAUCUUCCUGCGCCUGCGCCGGCGCAAGGACAUGGUGGAGCAGGCCAGCGACGCGCGCCAGAGGAAAGCCCGCAGCGCCCAGCGCAUCAACGCCAUGCUGGUCACCAUCGUGGUGGCAUUCGCCCUCUGCUGGCUGCCGCUCAACGUCUUCAACACCCUCUUCGACUGGUACCACGAGGCGCUGCCCGCCUGCCAGCACGACGUCAUCUUCUCGGCGUGCCACCUGACGGCCAUGGCCUCCACCUGCGUCAACCCUGUGGUGUACGGCUUCCUCAACAGCAACUUCCAGAAGGAGCUGAAGGCCAUGCUGAAGCGCUGCCGCUGCUGUUGGGGCGUGCCCGAGAGCUACGAGAGCUUCCCCCUGUCCACCGUGGGCACAGAUGUCACCAAGGUGUCUGCCACGCACAGAGAUUCCUUGAAGGGAGAGACUGGUGCUCGCAUUUAGUUGAACAGGAUGGGG